GGGCGAAUGCGCGGCGUCUGUUUGUCAAAAACCUCACUUUCUCUUAUACGCUAUGGUCUCCUCCAUGUUCGUUCCUUUGAAUCGCAACCUGUUUUCUCAAUUACCCAUCGCUCAAAGCUCACGUUCAAUGAUUCCCAACUCUUUUAUUUACUAUCCAAUCACCGUAUUCAAGAAGCUCGUAACCUGCUUGACAGAAUGCCUCAAAGAAGCAACCAUGGCCGCGUUAUUCACUUAACUUCUCUCAUUUCAAAGUUCUCAAGAAAUGGUUUUGUUAAUGAAGGCAAAUUGCUGUUUGAAAUUAUGCCUUCGAGGAACAUUGUCAGUUAUAAUGCCAUGUUGUCGGGUUUUAUACAGUGUGGGAGGAUUGGUGAAGCGACAAGUUUUUUCGAGGAAAUGCCCGAGAGGAAUGUGGUUUCGUGGACUUCGAUGUUGUGUGGGUUGUUGGAAAGUGGUCGAGUUUGUGAGGGAAAGAGAUUUUUCAAUGACAUGCCAGAAAAGAAUGUUGUGUCAUGGAAUUGUAUGAUUAGUGGGCUGAUUAAGAAUGGGGAUUUGGAGGAAGCAAGGUCAAUGUUUGAUGCAAUGCCAGGCCGUAAUAUAAUUUCAUUGAACACUAUGAUUUCUGGAUAUGCUGGGAACUGUAGAAUGAAAGAAGCUAGAGAAUUGUUUGAGGAGAUGGAGGAAAAGAAUGUGGUUACUUGGACUAGUAUGAUAGCAGGUUAUUGUAGAGCCGGUGAAGUUAAUGAAGGGUAUUGUUUGUUUUGUAGAAUGCCUGAGAGGAAUAUUGUUUCUUGGACAGCCAUGAUUGGAGGGUUUACUUGGAAUGGUUUCUCUGAAGAAGCCCUGUUGCUUUUUCUAGAAAUGACUAACUAUGAAAUAAGACCAAAUACUGAGACUUUUGUAUCGCUUGCUUAUGCUUGUGCUGGUAUGGAAUUUCCUUGUCUUGGCAAGCAGUUGCAUGCUCAAGUCAUUGUUGCUGGAUUGGAGUCUGAUGAUUAUGAUGGCAGGUUAUCUAGGAGCCUCAUUCAGAUGUAUUCAGUAUUCGGUACCAUGGACUUUGCAUAUUAUAUAUUUAAAAAGAACUUGAAUAACUCUUCAGUUCAAUCUUAUAAUGCUAUGAUCACUGGUUAUGUUCGUAUUGGACAGUUGGAAAAGGCUCAAUAUGUGUUUGAUAUAUUACCUAUUAGAGAUAAGAUUUCAUGGACUUCAAUGGUUGAUGGCUAUUUGAGCACUGGACAAGUUUCUCAGGCUUGUUAUCUUUUUAAUAACAUGCCAGAAAAGGAUGCAGUUGCAUGGACGGCAAUGAUAUCUGGCUAUGUCCAAAACGAACUUUUUAUAGAAGCUAGCUCUUUAUUUUCGGAGAUUUGGGCGCAAGGUUUUUUGCCUUUGACGGCUACAUAUUCUGUUCUUUUUGGAGCUGCUGGAGCAACAGCAAAUCUUGAUCUGGGGAGACAACUCCAUUGCAUUCUUGUGAAAACACAAUAUGAAUUUGAUUUGAUUCUGGAGAAUUCCCUUAUCUCCAUGUAUGCAAAAUGUGGGCUAAUAGACGAUGCAUAUAAUAUAUUCUCAACUAUGGCAUCUCGGGAUCUGAUUUCAUGGAAUUCAAUGAUCAUGGGGUUUUCUCAUCAUGGACUAGCAAAGGAAACUAUAAAGAUUUUUGAAGCGAUGCUGGAAUCUGGAAGUCACCCAAAUUCUGUUACUUUUUUGGGUGUCCUAUCAGCCUGUAGUCAUGUAGGCCUUAUCAGUAAAGCAUUGGAACUAUUUAAAUCGAUGAGGGAUAUUUAUCGAAUUAAGCCUGGUUUGGAGCAUUGUGUUUCUAUAGUCAAUCUUUUGGGCAGAGCAGGAAGAGUAGAGGAAGCGGAAGAGUUUGUCAGGAGUCUACCUUUUGAACCAGAUUGUGCUAUUUGGGGGGCACUACUCGGCGUAUGUGGGUUUAGUGAAACAGGUGCUGAGAUUGCUAAACAUGCUGCCUCGAAAGUGCUUGAGCUGGACCCAAAGAACUCACCUGCCCAUGUGGCUCUCUGCAAUAUUUAUGCAGCAAGAGGUCUUCACAUGGCAGAGCAAAAAUUGAGAAAAGAAAUGGGGUUGAAAGGAGUAAGGAAAGUCCCGGGGUGUAGUUGGAUACAGCUGAAUGGGAGAGUUCAUGUGUUCAAGUCUGGAGAUAAACUUCAUCCACAAGCUGAUGAAGUUUUAUCACUUUUAUUUGGGAUUUCUGAUAAAUCAUACAAAAGAAAUAUACCAUUCAGGCUUUAAUGUUUUCUGAUAGGAUGUGUGAAUUUGAGGAGGCCUUAUAAGGGCUUGGGGAUUCAUUCUUUUGAUGAAAAUAACAAGAUCAAAUGUGAUAUGUUACUUUCAACUGCUUUUUUGACGAUGCAUACAAAAUGUGGGGCUAUGGGUGUUGGUAGCAAUGUUCUUUGACAACAUGCCUGUAAAAAAAUGUGGUGUCAUGGAAUUCCAUGAUCAUGGGAAAUGGGACGCAUGACAUGUUGGGAAAGCCUUCGAGUUAUUUAUCUGCAGUAGGUAUGGGUUAUGGGCGGUGGAUGAUGGGGGAAAGGAUUUUGAGGAUUGGCGGUGCUAAAGUGGAGCACUUUGGUUGCAUGUUUAUUGAAUUAGAUGGAAUCGUUCGAUGGAACAUUUAGUUACAUUCAGACGAGCUUAAGAAUAAGAUGCCUGCAGAGGCAGGAUCUGCCCUUUGGAGAGCUCUGCUUUCUGCUUGUAGUAAUUUAGUGCUUGGGGAGAUUCUAGCCUAGCGAGUAAUUGGUUUGGAACAUAUGGAUGUUGGGCCCUAUGUAUUGUUUUUUUCCCAAUAUAUUCUCUGAAAGGGAAGUGGGGUGAAGUAAAGAACAUUAGAAAAUUUGUCAAGGACAGGGGAUUGCCAGAAACAAGUGCCUCAAUGAAUCUGUAUGAUCCACGACAUACCAUAUGUUGGUGGAAAUGAGAUUCUAUUGGUGUUUUAGGAAUGAUCAGUAAAUGGAAAAUCGAACAGACAGAAACUUAUAGCCAAAAAAAGGUUCCAGAGAAAAUGUCUUUGGGAAACAGCAUG